CUGGACGACGACGACCUGCUCUCCGAGAUCCUGCUCCGCCUCCCCCCGCAGCCCUCCUCCCUCCCACGCGCCUCCCUCGUCUGCAGGCGCUGGCGCAGCCUCCUCUCCGACCCCGCCUUCCGCCGCCGCUUCCGCAUCCACCACCGCCGCAGCCCUCCGCUCCUCGGCUUCAUCGACGCGAACCAGGGCAUCACCUUCCAGCCAGCCCUGGACGCCCCCGACCGCCUCCCCCGCGGCCACUUCUCCCUCGACCUCCACGACCGCUACAUGACCCUCGGAUGGCGCCACGGCCUCGCGCUCUUCUUCCUCCCGAUCUCGCUCCAGGUCGUCGUGUGGGACCCCGUCGCCGGCGUCCAGCACCGCCUGGCCGUCCCCCGGGGGUUCGGGUUCCACCCGUUGGAGAACCCCAUCAACGGGACGGUGCUCCGCGCCGCCGGAGAAAUCGACCACUUCCAGGUGGUCUUGGUAAGCAGCGACGGGAAGCAGCCUAGAAGAGCGCUCGGCCGCGUUUACUCGUCGGAGACCGGCGUAUGGGGCGAUACCAUCUCGUGCCCGGUUCCAUUGGUGUCUAUGGUUCAUUUAGGCGAGCCCGCUGUACUGGCGGGGGAUUGCAUUUAUUGGUUGGUUUCAGCAUCCAAUAUCCUCGAGUUUGAUUUGGGUAGGAAGAGCCUAGCUGUGACAUUGUUGCCAGCGCAGGUGCUUACCAGCCGCAAUCGCCAUGUCGUGGUUAUGCGGACAGAGGGUGGUGGGAUGGGUCUCAUCGUCGUGUCAGGCUUCAUUGCCCAAUUUUGGAAGAGGGAGACAGACUGUCAUGGCGAUGUUUCUUGGAGCAGUGGAAGAACUAUUGAACUGGACAAGUUACUUCCCCCAAAUUCAGAGAAAGAGCCACCGAAUAUGAUAGGUUAUGCAGAGGAAAAUAAUGUGGCGUUCUUCUGGACAGUUGUUGGUGUCUUCAUGGUCCACCUUGAGUCAUUGCAGCUCAAGAAACUUCCUGUGACCGGCAUCGCUUAUCGUUACUAUCCAUUCGAAAUUGUCUACACUCCAGGCAUUGGUGGUGGACACGAGGGAGCGGAAGUUGUGAGGCAUUUGUGGUGGACACGGUGUAGACAAUACAUACGGCGAUUAUUCAGUUAGAUAUGAUAUUGUGAUGUACUGGUCAAGUGGGUUAGCGGGAUGAGGCGUGGUGCGUGUGAUAACCACUUUGUACUUGUUAAAAGCUCAUUUGCAUGUGUAUCUUACCACUUUGCUUUUUUUUUUUGACAUCAUAUCUUACCACUUUGCUGGUGUUAGUAUAUAGUAUUGUUGUACCUAUGAAAAUGAUAGGUGUAUUACAAGAACAUGCGUGUUCUUAUGGUAGUGCUCGUCAGCUUUUUCUUA